AAAAAAGACCGUUAAAGAGAGAAGGCACCAGCAAAAACCCUCCCCUGCUCCAACGGCUACUUCUCCAUUCAAACCAAAGAAUACUCACUCCCCAAACUUUCGUCGUCCCUCAGACAAAGAAAUCAAUCCUCUCAUCGUCGCCUCCUUUUCUCUCCGAAUCGAAUCCCUUCUUUUUGUUUCUGCAAUCAAGAGCUCAAUCUACUUCGCCCCUUCGUCUCGGGAUAUCUCAAGAUUACUGACAGAGUUCUGUUCGCCCUCGGAAGAAUGGAUCUGGGAUGCUUGGACUUAGGUUGCCUCGAUAAAGUGGCCAAGCACGGCGGUGGCGACGCUCGGAGCAGUCCUGGUUCAGAUGGAGGAGGAUCUGAUUCUAGCGGGAAUCUCACUUCUUCGGCUUCCAAGUUCGGCAAGAGAAAUUCACCGAGGGGGAGUGGCCAGUCAUCACCAAAUGCUCUAAACAAAGUCACGUCACAGAUUAAGAAGCCUAGUCGCCGUAAGACUAGCCCACUCAACUGGUUUCCUCGCAAGAAAGUGGACUCGUACUUGAAGAGGAAAAUUCAAAUGCUGCAGGAAGUUGAUGGGAUGAAACAGACUCUGGAUGAGACCCUUGAGGAUUCAAAUCCACACUAUUGCAGAGUGCUCCGAGAAAAAAUGGCAGCAAGAGAGGCUGCAAGCAAGGUCAUGGAGGCUCAAAAGGCUGCAUUGGUCGAGGCAUCUUGGUACCGAACACUUAAAGCAGCUAGGAUUCACAACAAGGAAGCCGAAGACCUACUCGCAAAAGCAGAAAAUGCUGCUGCCGAAGCUUUUGAAGCAGCAACAGCUGUGGGAGUGAUCAUGGAUGAUAUGCCAAGUUGCCCUCAAAAUGCUUUGUUAUUUGCACCCUCUAAAACAACAAACAAGGCAGGAUCUACUACUACUGGUCAUACUGUCAAAGCAUCUUUUGAGACGGCAUUUGAUGUAGAUAAAGAAGUAGCUGCAGCCGUUAAAGUUGCAUUUAUCAGGCUUGCCGCCACUUGUCCGCCUUCCGACCAAGAUGAAUUCAGAGAUUUGUUGCAGAAGAUUAGUCAGAAUCCGGAGAGUAGUGUUUAUGAAGGAGAACAAGAAGACUUGAAAGAACUCUCUGCAGAGUCCGGAUCAGAUUCUGGUUCUGAACCCAUGUCUACCUCUCCAAAGUCCAGUCAAAAGAAAAAGAAGAGACAGUCGGUGGAGCUUGUCAAUAUGAUGCUUGACAGGCUUAAAUCCUUGAAAGAAGAUGAGUUGUCUUCGCUUGCAACGAUAGUUGCAACUUGUGGCUUAAGUGCUGCAUUGGCAGAAGUCGAGAGCAUUAAGCUGCAGCGUGAUCAUCGCAUCUCAACUGAAGCUCUCAGUGUUCCUCGAAGGCCAUCUUCUGUAGAUGCAGGAAAGAAGCAAGGCGAGUCAGAACUCCCCAGCCUAGACAAGUUUCUUGUAAAGCACAUGUCAAAACUUGAGAAGGAAGUUGAACAAGCCAAGAAUAACAGGAAGAAAGAGGCGGAAGGAGCAAGAGAUGCGUCGACUAAUGAUGACAAGAAUGGAAAGGUGCAGUUAGAUAAGAAAGCAAGUGCAUGCGACAUUGUUCCUGACCUAGGAAGUAUUCUUGUCAAGCACUCAUCCAGGAUUGAGAGAGAGAUUCAAGAAGCGAAGAGGAAUUCAGCUAAGGAUUACGAUUACAAAACAGCCCGCAAGAAACCGGUGCAUGAAUGGGAUUCUUCAUGUGAGGUGAUCCCUGACCUAGCAAGCAUAAUGGCUAAGCGUCCUACAAAACCAGAGAUUGAAAAUCAAGAAGCAAGACAGGACUCUGAAAAGUUAUCAAAGUGGGUUGUUAACAGGCCAAAAGCAGCAAGUAGUGUCCCAGGCGUGCCUAGCUUGGAUGAGGUUCUUGUUAAGCAUGUAUCCAGGCUUGAAAAAGAGGUCCAAGAAGCAAAAAACAGGAGUCGAAUAAAUGAAAUGGCAGAGCAAGAGAACGUUGACUUCAACAAAGUAGCAACAAUCUCGUCAGAUUCAGAAUUUGAAGGCAAGACGAUGAGGACUUCUCCCAACUUGCAAGAAGACAGCUUAGAGAAGAUAUUGAUCAAGCCUGUGAGCAGAUUGGAACGGGAGAACACAAUGCAGGCUAAGAACAGGAGAAGUGAAUACAACAGAAUCCAAAGUAAGCAGCAGCAAGCACAAGCUGGCAGAAUUGGGGCAGCAGAAGAAGGGUUGGAGAAAGUCUUGGUAAAGCAUGUGUCUAAGCUAGAAAGAGAGAAAAUGGAAUCACGUUUGAAGGAAGGUGAUGUCAAGGUGGUGCAGAGAAGAGGCAGAAAUUUGCAGCAAGCACAAAAUGACAGAAUUGGGGCAGUAGAAGAAGGUUUGGAGAAAGUCUUGGUAAAGCAUGUGUCUAAGCUAGAGAGGGAGAAAAUGGAAUCACGUUUGAAGGAAGAUGAUAUCAAGGUGGUGCAGAGAAGAGGCAGAAAUUUGCAUUUGCAGCAGAGAAGUGAAGAAGGAAGUCUGGACCAAAUUCUGGUUAAACAUAAAUCUAGACUGGAGAAGGAGAAGAUGAGCGCUUUCGAAAAGGAAACAGGAGAACAUGCAAGAGUCGCGGUCUCGUCUUCCAUGUCUCGUAGAGAAGUGAGGGAGAAGGAGUUGGAAGAAGCAUGGGGUGGAUUAAGUUUUGGAAACUCCCUCAGGCCACAUUUCUCCAAGCUUCAACGGGACAAGGCUGCUUGGAUAAAAGCUGAUGAAGAAGAAAGAAGGCAAGUGGUGUAGACGUGUAGUGUAAGAAGCUGUGUAAAUUUCUUCAAAAUCUGAGCUUGAUCCUGGGCCAGAGUUGUUGUUGUUGUUGUGGGAUAUGAAGUGUAAAAGUGUCAAUAGCUGCUUUGAUAUUCUUUUCUUUUUUCUUGUAGCGGGGAAGAGUGCUUUCUUCCCUGCACUAACUUUUGGGCCUAUGUAAAACAAACAGGAAGCUUAGUGCAUGAAGCUUGAAAUGGAACUGAAUAUGAGUAAUUUGUUCUUCACUUUAUCUUACCAUCACUCUCUACUCUCAGGGGGUGGCUUUCUGCUUCUGAGUGGACGAUUGCUUCUUUCCUGCA